AUGGAUGGCGCGGCUAAGCCUCCAGGGACGGAUUCACGGCGUCCCCCGCCAUGCCCACCCGCCCGGACUACUCAGGCGAUCCAUGAGCACAACCACCGCGGAGGGGGCGGCGCCCGAUGGCCGACCUUCACCCGAACCAUGGCAUGCUCGGCGCCACGUCCACCCGGAACCUCCGCCAUGCGCCUGUUCACUCGUAUCCUGCCCCUGAUGCUGCUGGCCUCCCUGCUCUCCGGCUGCGGCUACAACGCCAUCCAGCAGAAGGAUGAAGCGGUCAAGGCCAGCUGGUCGGAGGUCAUCAACCAGUACAAGCGCCGCGCCGACCUGGUGCCCAACCUGGUGCAGACCGUGAAGGGCUUCGCCAGCCAGGAAGAGCGCGUGCUGACCGAAGUCACCAACGCCCGUUCGCGGGUCGGUCAGAUCAACGUCAACGCCGACGACGAAGCCUCGCUCAAGCAGUUCCAGCAGGCCCAGGGCGAACUCGGCAGCGCGCUGUCGCGGCUGCUGGUGGUCACCGAAAACUAUCCGCAGCUGAAGUCCGACCAGAACUUCCGCGACCUGCAGGCGCAGCUGGAAGGCACCGAGAACCGGGUCACCGUCGCCCGUGGCCGUUACAUCCAGCAGGUGCAGGACUACAACACCUACAUCCGCUCGUUCCCGCAGGUGAUCACCGCCAAGAUCUUCGGCUACAAGACCAAGCCGAACUUCACCGUGGACAACGAAGCGCAGAUCUCCAGCGCGCCGGCGCAGCAGUUGGCGCCGAUUCCGGCGCUGGAUUCGCCGGUGGUCGAUACCACCGGCACGCUCGACGCCGCGCAGAAGCAGGCGCUGGUGCAGCAGGCGACUGACCUGCAGCAGCGCAAGGGCAGCCAGCUGCAGGUGCUGGUGGUGCCCACCACCCAGCCGGAAGACAUCGCGCAGUACACCACGCGGGUCUUCGACCAGUGGCAGAUCGGCCGCAAGGGCGUGGAUGACGGCGUGCUGCUGGUGGUGGCCAAGGAUGACCGACGGGUACGCAUCGAGCCCGGCUACGGCCUGGAGGGCGCGAUUCCCGAUGCCAUCGCCAACCGGGUCAUCCAGGAAAACCUGGUGCCGCGCUUCCGCAGCGGUGACUAUGCCGGUGGCAUCACUGACGCCACCGGUGUGCUGGUCAAGCUGAUCGAUGGCGAGGACCUGCCGGCACCCAUCAGUGGCCAGCGUGGCGGCGAGCCCGACGGCGGUGGCGAUACCUGGUUCCUCGCCCUGUUCAUCGGCGUGUUUGCCGGCAGCAUCCUGCGCGGGGUGUUCUCGCGCGUGCCACGCCCGCUGCGUGGGCUGCUCGGCGGCGGCGGGGCGGCACUGGCGGCGUUCCUGUUCACCUCCACGCUGUUGGCCAGCGGCCUGGCCGGCAUCGUUGGCCUGAUUGUCGCCAUGCUCUCCGGGCACCCGGGCCGCUUUGCCGGCGGCGGUGGCUGGGGCGGUGGCAGCUGGGGUGGCGGAGGCGGCUUCGGUGGAGGCGGUGGCUUUGGCGGCGGCGGUUGGGGCGGCGGCGGUGGCCGUUCCGGCGGCGGCGGCGCAUCGGGAGGCUGGUGA